AUGAGUGCUCCAUUAAUCCCAAACAAGUCAUGUUAUGCCCAGCUUCAGGACAACCGCAGUGAAAUAAAAAAUAAUAAUGAAAGCAUAGUGAGUGUGGGGGAUACCAAUGCCAACCAAAUUGUGGCAAAAGUUAGAACCACUGAAGGGGAUGUUAAGAAACGUGCUUUGGCAGAUGAGAGUGGGAAUAUACACUCUGGAGGAUCAGAGAAAGUUACUCGCCUGAAUACAGAGCAGAAUAAACUUCUGACCUUCAAAGACUCUCGGACCUGUCACACCGGUGUACAGGAAAGUAAGCUGCCCUCUGCCACAAGCAGGGAAAUGGGGAAAGAUUGUAGGACCAGCGAAGCUAAGAAUAUAUCAAGGCAUAUCAGGAUUAGCCGAGGACAAAGUCUGUCCAAUUUAAAAAGCAGCACAAAUGAUGCCAACCUGGAGAUUAUUUCCAAAGGUGAUGUUGACUUCACCCAGAACUUUUCUAAAGGUAAAAUGCCCAGGACUGUGGAGAUGGAGAAAAUAAAAAGGCUUUCUUUGGGAAGACCAAGUAAAUUUUCUCCUCAAUCUGAAACAUUUGCAAAAGACUCUGUUGGCCGUGUGUCAUGUAAACGUCUCCUUUCUGCAUCAUUGGACUCCAUUGACAGGUCACACCAUUUGAUAGGAAAUACAGAGAAAUCACAAAAAACGUCCACAGAUCAUUUUCUUGGGAUGGUGUUUCAUCCACUCGACAAUACCUCAGAGGAAAAUAUUGUGUUUUAUUCGAAACCAUCUACCUCAGGGAACAAAAAAAUAAGUAAAACAGAAAAUGUACCAAAUGUUAAUGUUGAAAGCACACUGCAUACUUCUCAUUCUCAACAUUCAGCUGUUAAGCCCAAUGAGAUUGCUAGUAAAUCAGAAGCACAGUUAGGUCAGGGUGAUAAAAGUAAAAAACUGGAGCUGAAGACUGCACCAUCUCUACCAUCUAAAAAUACGUGUCACCAAAAGAUUGAGAGAAUUAUGCUGGUAGAGUUCCUGGGAUGUCAAGAAGAUGAAAAUCCAGCAAUGCAGGAGCAGAAAGGCUCUGGGUCUGACACAUCAAAAUUUCAAGCACCCCAUUUUCAAGACACCUGUAAUAAAGUAGAGGAUCCAUUGUCAAGCCAGGUGGUAACCUAUCCUGAUGACAAAUUGCUGUGUGAUAAUGUCAUUGGUGGGGAAGGGAGAGGAAGCAAUGACAGUGACAACGGGGCAACUAGCCAGGUUGGUGAGGAAUAUUUUACUGUCAAAGAAGUGGAAACAAUAUUCCCACUCCCCUGCAAUAGUAAAUCCAGUGGCAAAGUGACACCUAGAAAAAAUGAGAAUUUACAUGAAGUUGACACAGGUUGUGCUGAAACGGUUGGUGAAGAGAUAUCUCUUAUACAUAACAUUAAUCUACCUGACAGCAAACCCUUGAAAGUUAAUGAGAAUAAACUGACGCUAGUCAAAGGAAACACCGAGGAUGCUGACGUGCUUGCUUCUGAUCUCUCAGAUCAGCACGGAGCGUGCAGCACAGAGACAGUGCCAAACCAACAACCUGACAGCCAUGACAGUGAUUCAGAAACCUCGAGCUUUUCAGUUCCAAGUAAAAAGACAGCUAAUGCACAGAAACAUCCUCCAGAGGAAGCACCAGAGAGCUGUAACCUUUCAGAAAAGGCUGAUGCCUUUUUGUGCGUCCCAACUCCUGUACGCCCAGUGGCAACACUGGAUGUUAAUACUCAGCCCACGCUAUCAAACAGUAAUUUGAAGGACCUUUAUGCACUUCAUGUUGACAAACUGUCACCCUCCUCAGUCCUACCUCCCAUUGACAGUACGCAGUUGUUAAACAUAUCCCCUAAAGUGCCUAUCAAGACUGCUUGCAGCAGUGCCAUCCCAAAACCUAUCCUGGUCCACUCCAAGGGCUCCCUCACAGAUAAGGCAGAUGUGGACAGUGACUGCAGUGAAAAGCUGGAAGAAAGCAUCGAGAUGAAACCUGCCAUACCCAGGCCCAAACCCGUGAGACCUAAAAUCAUCACAUACAUUAGGAGAAACCCUCGUUCGAUAGAGCAGCUCGACCCUUCGUUUGCGCCAGCAGGGCUGCCCUUUGGUAGCCCUGCCUGUGGCAUGCCCAUCUCUGCGGAGCAGAAGGCGUCCAACGGAGGGGAUGCAAAGCCCCCCAGCAUCCUGUACGACAAAUUUAAACCUGACCUCCAGAAGCCAAGACUCUUCAGUUCUGGUCUGGUGGUGUCAGGAAUUAGGCCCCCAGGACAUCACUUCGGUCCCAUGAGCGAGAAGUUUCUGCAGGAGGUUGGGGAAAGGCCUGCGAAAGAUGAAUUUUGCCCUCCACCAUAUACUCACUACGAGGUCCCACCAAGUUUUUAUCGAUCUGCCAUGAUACUCAAGCCACAGCUGGGACUGGGUGCAGUGUCCAGAUUACCAUCUGCAAAGAGCAGGAUUCUCAUUGCAAGUCAAAGAUCCUCAGGUAGCUGUCUCCAUCAGCAAGGAGAAAUAACGAGCGCACCCAGCCUCUAUCAUCCAGAUGCUUCAGUUGAUCUUAAGAAAGGCUCAUGUCCAAGUGCUGCAAAGUCAAAUCUCCCCAAGCCCUGCCAGUCUGGACUUCGUCCUCCAGGUUAUUCACGGUUGCCAGCAGCUAAGCUGGCUGCAUUUGGUUUUGUCAGGAGCUCAAGCGUAUCCUCGGUUUCCAGCAACCAGUCGAACGACAGUGCUCAGAGUGAUCAAAGCAGGACAACCAACC